AUGGACUUACACACUAAUAAGAUCUAUAUUUCCAAGCAUGUAAGGUUUGAUGAGGCAAUAUUUCUAUUUUCUACUAAGACUGUUUUGCAGGCACCCCCAGUUCCACAGUCUCGACCUUGGGCUGUGUUUACUUUGCAGUCUUACUAUGUUCCUUCUACCACGGUGGUACCUGUUUCUUCUUCUACUGUGCAAUCUACUUCUUCAGCGCCCGUUGCUCCACCAUCACGGGUUCAUGCCUCAAAACCCACGACAAGGACACACGCCAUGGUUGUCAAAUAUCCCGAGUGGCGUGUGGCCAUGGAUAAUGAAUUCAAUGUUCUUCUUCAGAAUCAAAUAUGGACCCUGUUAGAUGUGCACAAUGGUUUUCUGAAUGGUAACUUGGCUGAGACUAUUUAUAUGCGUCAACCCCCAGGAUAUACUGACGAGCAGUUCCCUAAUCAUGUUUGCUUGUUGAAACGUUCUUUGUAUGGUCUUAAACAGUAUCAGAAUCUUGUGAAUAUGUUGUUAUCUAAAUUUUCUGCAGCCUUUAAGAUUAGGGAUCUUGGUGAAUAUGGUUUUUUCCUUCAACGGUAUAUGACUGAUAUCUUAAAGCGUGCUGGUAUGUCAAACUGCAAACCUCUUGCCACUCCCAUUCCUGUUUCGAAAUCGCUUCCUCCUUGCACAAAUUUAUAUCAUGAUCAUACUCAGUACAGGAGCCUAGUUGGGACAUUACAGUAUAUGACUAUUACGCGUCAUGACUUGUCCUUUGCUAUAAAUAAGCUCUGCCAACACAUGCAUGCUCUCACGGUGUCACAUUGGGUUCAACUGAAGCGUGUACUGAGAUAUGUUAAAGGUACUAUUACUUAUGGCUUGCGUAUACAUAAAUCUGUGACAAAUGAUAUUCAUGCUUUCUCGGAUUCUGACUGGACUGGAUGUUCUGAAGAUCGUAAGUCCACUAGUGGUUAUGUCGUCUUUCUUGGGUCAAACCUUGUCUCUUGGGUUUGUAAGAAACAAAGGAUUGUGGCUAGGUCUUCUACUGAGACUGAAUACAAAGCUCUAGCAGAUGCAUGUGCUGAGGUCAAGGUGACCCACACACCCCAGUUGGUGUAA